ACAAUGUUCAACAUGUACACAUAUCGCAUACAUAUGUCUGCACUGCUGGCUUUCCUUCAUUCAUUUGUGCGAAAAAUGUACUGCGGUUGAUUGACGAGAGCCAGUUUCUUCCCAAUCCCUAGUCGGGCGAUCUAGGAGCUAGACCCAGUGGUCUGUGUGAGAUUGUUCAAACUAAUUAGUGGUUCACAAGCAUAAAACAUUCAGUCCAUCGUAAAUCUUGAAUCAUCCCACACUUCGGAAGCCGGUUGUGUUGUUAUCACUCGCAAGCAGGACGUCAUCAUAUCUCCAUUUCUCCUGUUCGAUGUUGGUGUGUUAUUGUUAUUAUCAUUUUCGUGUUUAUCCAUCAUUUAUUCAAAUUGGCCUUGAAACCGGAACGUCAUAACCAAAGUCAAGAAGCAGUGAAUGAAAAGGGAAAUGACCAUGUGUGGAAUGGCGGCUGGCUGGUCGAAAAGAAGGAAGAUUUCCCUGCCAUUCAUUUGUGGCAGUCUGUUUCAAUGUGCCUGUUCGUCUGUCCAAUGUCAGAUUUUAUGCUGUGUGCGAUUAUGUUGAAUUGGAACCGCAGAGCCUAAACAAAUAGCUGCAUGUGAUUGUGAUUGUUGUGCAUCGUGUGUAAAUACCAGAGAAUAACAAAGUUAUACAAGUGCCCUAAAAUAGUAGUGGCACGCUGGGGGAGAUAACCGGCCAGAGCAGAACGAGAGUUUAUCAGCGGCGGCUCGCAGUACCGGAAGCAACCAACGAGAAAUGUCUUCCAAAAACGAACUGAAAAAGCUCUCGGAAGAGAGCUUGACCCGCCAGCCGGAGGAAGUGUUCGACAUCAUCUGCAAGCUGGGCGAGGGAAGCUAUGGGUCGGUCUACAAGGCAGUACACAAGGAAAGCGAGCAGGUUCUCGCCAUCAAACAGGUCCCGGUCGAUACGGACCUGCAGGAAAUCAUCAAAGAGAUUUCCAUCAUGCAGCAGUGCGAUUCGCCCUUCGUAGUGAAAUACUACGGGAGCUAUUUCAAAAAUACCGAUCUUUGGAUUGUGAUGGAGUACUGCGGGGCGGGUAGCGUAUCCGAUAUAAUGCGAUUGCGAAAGAAGACACUCUCGGAGGAUGAGAUCGCGACGAUCCUCAGUGAUACCUUGAAGGGGCUAGAGUAUUUGCAUUUACGAAGGAAGAUACACAGAGACAUUAAGGCUGGCAAUAUUCUACUGAACUCCGAAGGUCACGCCAAGCUGGCCGAUUUUGGAGUGGCUGGCCAGCUAACGGAUACGAUGGCCAAACGAAACACUGUGAUUGGAACGCCUUUCUGGAUGGCUCCCGAGGUAAUAGAGGAAAUUGGAUACGAUUGCGUAGCGGACAUUUGGUCACUGGGUAUUACGGCACUGGAGAUGGCCGAGGGGAAACCCCCUUACGGUGAUAUACAUCCGAUGCGGGCCAUCUUCAUGAUACCUACGAAACCCCCACCGUCGUUUCGAGACCCGGACAUCUGGAGUCCGGAGUUUAUUGAUUUCGUCAGCUUGUGCCUAGUAAAGAACCCGGAGGAGCGAGCCACGGCGACGGAUCUUCUGACGCAUGAAUUUAUCAGAAACGCUAAACCGUGCAGCAUUCUCAGUGUGAUGAUUGCCGAAGCCAAGGAAAUUAGGGAAAAUCAAAGCUUUAGACAUGCCGCCGCGAUCAGCCAGGCAAACAAACAAUUACAAAACAGUAACAACAACAGCCAGGAAGUCGAUUCGGAUGAUGAGGAUGUUAAUUCGCGAACAAUGAAAGAGUUUCCCGGAGACUGUGGGACACUUGUGCCCGGACGGGAUGACGGUGAUGGUACGAUGAUUGCCCACACAGACUGUGGGACGCUCGUUCCGGACAGUGCGACGAUGGUGGAAUUGCAAUCGAAUCUCGGAACUAUGGUGAUCAACUCGGACUCGGAGGAGUCCACGAUGAAGAGACACGACACCAACCCGGAUAAACCGAAGUACCGGCCCCUUUUCCUCGAGCAUUUCGACAGGAAAGAAGCGGAGGUAGCCAGUUUCGUGACUAAAACCAACAACCAACACAGUUACGAAGAUGAGAGCUCCUCGCCGGAAGAAAUUCACCAGGAUGCGUCGCCUCAGCAACCGCAACCCCAAGUGCAAACUCCCAGCAAACAGCCAAACCCUUCCGCUCCCCCUCUUACGCAAAGUCUCGAAGAGCAACAACUCAACGAAGAACGACAACGGUUUCAGUCCCACCUGCAACUGCAGCUCAAUCAGAUCUCAGCCGUCAGUCCAAAUGUGCAUCAAAUGCAGUACCAACAGUCACCGGUUGCGAUAACCCCCGAGGGGUUGGGAGGCGGUGGCGGCGGAAUGGAAGCCCACAAUCGGAUAUACAACAAUAGGAUCAAUCUGAUUGACAGCGAAUAUGAUUCGCUUAAAUUCCUCAACUACGAACAACUCGAGCAACGGUUGGCCAGCAUCGACAAGGAAAUGGAAAAGGAACUAGCCGAGACGAACAAACGCUAUCAUGCCAAGCGGAAGCCCAUCAUCGAUGCGAUCGAAGCAAAACAGCAGAAGCGACAACAGAAGUUGGAGGAAUUUUGAAUUGUGCUCUGCUGUGCUGUGAAUUCUUUCACAUCAACCACCCUUCGCUGGAAAAGUAUGAUCUUUUAUAUAUCCUAGUUUCAUAUUUUGCAAGAUCUUAGUAUCAAUUUUAACACCCCUAUGAUUUGAGCGAGAACCUUCGCGCUACCAGCUAUAAUCUGUGGCGCGUGAGUAGCUCUCCAAAUCGGUCUCUGUUGCUUAGAAAAGGCGUACAUUUUUAUCAGUUUCCGCGCGUAUAUUUUCAUUAUUUCAAAAAAUGAAAGGCAUUUUCAGUUGCGGUUUCCACACCAUACACACCAAGUAUCUGAUAUUGUGUUCGAAAGUAUAUAUUUAUACAGUUAAGCUCUAUCCUCUACUCUGAGAAUAGUGAGCAAUCAUUCGCCUUUCACCCACCCCUUCCCGCUGCCUAAAUGAAGAGAACGCAAAGCAUUUUAGUGAAAUAAAGUUAAUUUAUGACGUAAAGUAGAUCUUUCGAAUUUAUAACCCUAAUCUAAAAUAGCAAUGAAAGUUAUACAUUUAUCAAUGAGGAUGUCAACAUUAUCAUCUCAUAAAAGGAAACAAAAUAAGGCUCCCCUCUCCCAACAGCCCAAUAGCGGUUUUUUUCUCCAUUAAUUCAUGUUCCGUCCAGAGAUAACAAGCUGGCUUUCGGAUUGAACCAUAUCACCACCGACACCGCCCUUUAAGAAUCUCCUUCUCUUCUCCAAGUCAAUUCGAUGGAUGCCAAAUUUUGUUCACCCCGGGGAAAAAGCAACUUGAACUCUCUAGAGACACGUAUGGGUCAUAAUUUUGUUGGUGCUCGGAAAAAAUAUACUCAUUCGCAAAUUAUUAAAUUAAUCUUUGGCCCACAUUUAAAGUUGAUCACAAUUGAAGUUAUUUAAAUUUUAUUGAUAACUGCAAAAGAAAAUAUACAAACAAAAAUCACUCAACAAUAUCGAUGAGAAAAAAAAUGAUGGACCUCAGAACCAAACAAACACGAGAGAAAGAGAGAGAGAGUAAAUCUGUAACAUAAAACAAUGAGACAACAAGAAUGUGGGAAAGAUGAAGAAAAAACAUAACUGCAUAAGACUGGGCGACAUAUAAAAAGUGAAUUUGAACCUGUUAAGCAAUGCCUAUAUGUAAGUUGCAUUUUAUACUGACUCAUUGUUGGAGAAAUCAGGACCUAAGCCAAUCGUGCAAGAGAAAUAAUACGGUGGAACAAUGGAAUAUGAGGUGGAUGGUAGCGAUUAGAAAAAAAGAAUAAACAAACAGAGACAUGUUUUACUGAUUAUGAAUAUAACGUUGCCAUGCAUAGAAUAAUAUA